AUGAUAUCAGCAAUCCCCUCCAGAAAUCUUGAUGAAGAUAGGAUUCAGGCCUGGGCAUGGCUAAAUUCUAGAAAGCUCUCAGUAAAAUCUGUCAGCCAAUUUGCGAAUUCUUUUGGAACAGAGGGAUCCAGGGGGAAUGCAAGUCUGAUCUCGAGGAGAAUCCGGCGCAUGAAUACCCUGCCGUUAGGUAUCCGACACUUAGUCCUCUGUUCUUUUGCGUCACAGAUAUGGAGUACUGCAGGAACUCGGGAGCGAAUUCUGUUGUUGGCUCAGGAAUCCUUUGAACGGUGUUGCCAAAGCAUAGUAAUGGAGCUGGAAGAUACGCUAGCAGAAUAUGCUGCGGAAUAUGUGUUGAUUCUCCUUGGCGUGUUGUGGCAUCAAAUUAUUAUAAGGCUCUUCUUCAACAGCCACAGGACUUGUGAUCCUGAUAAUGUUAUGACCAAAACCAUGCGGAUACUAGCUGUACCUGAUAAUGGAAGAAUUCCAUUAGGCCGUAUUUCUGUACACUUUGAUGCUGCAAUCUCCACCGGGAGGGGAUGCUGUGGAGUAGGAAUCUAUGUUGCAGCUGCAGACGGAAGGUUCAUGUGGGGUUUUGCUAAAAGGAUUUCGGGCAUCACUGAUCCAGAAGUGGCGGAGGCAAUGGCACUUCAAGAAGCUCUCGCGUUUGCAGAGAGAAAGAACGUUUCUGAUGGUCAAUUUUUGGGUGACUCAGCGAGUGUAAUUUUGGGCAUUAAACAAGAAACGGAGUCCACUGCGACGAGUCUUCCAUGUAUUGCGGAAAUUCGCAGUAGGUUAGCCAGUAACUAUACAAAUGGAAAUUUGAGUUGGGUUAAACCAGUUGAGAACAAGCUAGCUCAUGAACUAGCUCAAUUUGCGAAAUUGAUGUCUGAAGAUGAGGUUUCGUGGUCUUCGCCUCCAACUUGGUUGUCAACUAUUUCUGGAAAUCACCAGCACAAUUGA